AUGGAAGCCGUGAAAUUAUUUUUGAUGUUCUAUAUCCUGAUGUUUUCCACGGUGCACGGAGGUAAGGUAACAUUCAUUAUUCUCGACAGUCAUUGUUUUGAUUAUAUCAAUGGAAAUUAAUCAUAACUUACCUUACUGACUGAUCCAGUGAUUUAUUUUCAGAUAUUUUAGGCUUUUAAUGUCUUUGAAAAUGCUAAAAACACACACUGCUGAGAAGGAGAUGAGAACUAUUUUGCAACGAGGCAAUGAAAAAAUAAAAUGCCUUGGAGGCCACAUGUAUCAAUUAAACUGCAUGCAUAGACACCAGUACUAAUCAAGUUAGCGAAAGAGAUCGAAAGACAACAACGAAGAAAAAUAUCAAAUAAUGCGAUGACAAUAGUUCCAUUUUGUUUUUGGCUGGUGUAACAUGCAUUACGUUUUUGUUGUGAAAGAUAGAAGAUGUUUAUUUGCAUUACGUCCGUCAAAAUGGCGUGCUUGUUCCGAUGCAAAAUUCUCAGAAAACCGUGACUGCGUCCGUCUCGUAACCACUUUAAUUAUCGCCGGAGGCUAUUCUGCAUACUAGCUUCAAAUUCUGUCCAUACAGAAACUGGUUAAAAAACGAAUACAAAUGUUGUUUCUGAAAGCCUUUUCCAACUAGUACUCGACAAGCAUAGAUGCACUUUUCAAAAGUGCCUUUUUUUUCUUUACGAGUCAGUUAGCCUUAAAAAAAGCAUAAUUUUGUUUGGGUGGCUGUGGAAACGGAAUUAACGUUUCUGUUCUGAUUAGUAGUCCCUUAACAAAUGCUUUUUCUUUAGAAGAUCUCCUGUCUUUGCAUUUGUUCAGUUAAUUCCUAAACGUACCUUCUUCUAGCAAAUGAAAAACAACCCGAGAAAGACCGAGACUUCAGUAGUCAUUGUAGUUAUUAUUUUUCCGCAAGCAAAGACUUUAGGCCCUACUUCAGCUUUCGGGGAGUCUUUUUUGGAAGGGAGAGAGGGAGAGAGAGAUUUAUUAAUACGCCUUGAUACCUCCCUGAGAAAUUAGGAAUUAAGUCGAUAAAGUGGCUUACCUUUCCUUAUUUAGGAUACAUCCCUUAUCAGAAGACGCACAUUAAAGAACUGGAGGACCGGAUCGAGCACCUGAGGGAAUUAAAAGUUCCUGUAAAAGACAGCUCUGCGGAGUUAGAACCACCCGGCGCCGGGUAUCCUGGUGGCGCUAGUACAUCCGAACGUAGGAACAGAGAUCGACCAGGACGAUGA